AUGACUCCUUUGGAGUUUCCAACAAGAUUAGCUGACUUGUCCUUAAACGACUCGAGCCAUAACCCGUCCUUGUAUGCCAAUCUUAAGUCGAUCCGUAAAUCAACCUUGUCGGUUUCGAACCGUCUCAACUCGAUUGUUAAAGAUGCCGAAUUCGUCAAGGAGGUAUCCUGCCAUCUGGGCUUGCCGCUGGUAGCAAAUGAGCGCUGCGGGAGCUGGUACAUCGACCCAGCCGAUAAAGCUGGCAGCGCAUAUUUCAAGAGCACCGACGGCCAUCAUGGCCAGUGGGACUUCUCGCCUCGAAGGCUCAACCUUCAAUUGUUCCCGAUCCUGUCUGCGCACGGCGGUGCUAUCCUGGUUGAUUCAACCCGCCGAGGCAAGAAUCUGCCAGACGCUUUCAGCAAGACAGUACCGAUAUGGGUUGCUGUUGUCAAUAGAGCUCUCUUCCCUGAAGCAACCUCCAUGCACCGUUUCCAGAGUCCGCCACCACCUGACAAUAUUCAGCCCUCCGAGCUCUCCCAGAUUGCAGCGCGUCUUGAUGGGUUCACAAAGACUUUCUGCCACCUCGGUCUAGACCUACAGCGCCUGCGCAGUCAGCUGGGAGGUCCGAUCAGGGUCAGCUGGGCCAUCAAUAGACAAUCCGACAAUGGAUACGACCUAGGGGAUGAGAGUGGCGUGACAAGUUCUUCUCGAGACCUUCACCCAUCCUGUCAUCAUCUAGUGCUCUGCUCUGCUUCCCGGCGCGUUCGUGGGGCCGAGAUUUCCGAAGGCGGAUACAUUCAAGGCGCUGGGGACGACAGUGAAGGUUGGUCUCAUAACCUGACUGCUCAGCUCUUCUGGCAACAUAAAGACCUGUUGAUGAGAAGUCCCGAGGAUGAGCUUCCUGCUCUUAUCAAGACACUGCUGGAACAAGACGGGAAUAGCCGGCUGUCGAGCAUGGCAGCGACUAGAAUCAUCCCCACGACAACCAUGUUCAUCGCAAGUGGACCCCUGGACGGCUUUGGCAGCUUCGAUCUCAUCGUCAAUUGUCAAGGUGAUUCACAAAACUCCACAUCGAAGGCUGUGUAUCUCAAGUGUCGCCCAGGCAAGUCAGGGAGCAAGGACCUUCGUGACCAAGUCUCCGUCGCUGUCAAUGCCAUCCGCGACAAGCUUCUGCGGCAAUCGGAAAGCCAGAUACUCGUCACGUGUUCAACAGGAAAAGACCUCAGCGUAGGUGUUGCAGCUGCGGCAUUAUGUCUACUUUACGAUAAUGAAGGCCAAUUAAGAGCAGCGAAUGAACAUCCUCUGGUCGAUAAACAUCUUGUGAAGCAGAGACUUGCCUGGAUUACCUCCUCAAAAGCCGAUGCAAAUCCUUCGAGAGCAACAUUACAAGCGGUCCAUUCUUUCUUGAUGCGGCGUCCUGAGUAA